GGGAGACGUAAGAUUGAGAUGAUUCUCUCUGACAAAUUUGCGUUUGAUAAGGAAAAGACAAUGUAAACAUGCAGAGGGCAAACUAACGAGGAAAGAGACGUGCGGUGGGCACGUUUUCUUCAACAACAUAAGAAUCAGUUUAAUUAGCAGCGAAAUCUCCUAUAAUUACCAUUUUUCUGUACAACAAUUGACUCCAUCAGAGUGAAACUCCUUUUUUCUUCUUCUUCUUCGUAUGGAUCAACUCACGAACCAUACAAGUCACCAACUUCCCUCUAUCCCCGUCAUAAUCAAGAGACAACUUUACUGCACUCUUUCUUUUAUCUUCAUCUUAAUCUGUUCUGUCAUUGUUUCCAACCUUGGUGGCUCUUCAGAACAACUCGCUUUUUUCCGUUCUGGUUUCUUCCCCGCUCAGAAACUCAUACCAAACCAAAAACGACCAUCGUUAGGAGCUUGUGAUUAUUCCCAUGGAAGAUGGGUUCGGGACGAGAAUUUUCCAAUUCAGUUGUACGAUGAAUACUGCCCGUUUCUUGAUCCUGGUUUUAGGUGUGCUCAGAACGGGAGAAAAGACGUUGAGUUUCUGAAAUGGAGAUGGCAACCCGAUGGCUGUGAUCUUCCUAGAUUCAAUGCUACCGACUUUUUGGAAAGAAGUCGAAACGGACGGAUAGUGUUUGCAGGAGAUUCAAUCGGAAGAAACCAGUGGGAGUCUCUGAUAUGCAUGCUAGCUCAGGCAGUUUCCAACCGGUCUACAAUUUUCGAAGAAAAUGGAAGCCCCAUUACGAAACAUAAAGGAUUUCUUUCCAUGAAGUUCCAGGAGUACAACCUCACCGUCGAAUACUACAGAGCACCAUUCCUAGUUAUCAUCAAUCGCCCACCAAAAGAUUCGCCAGCCCAAGUCAAACUAACUAUUAGGGUGGACGAGUUUCAUUGGUAUUCCAAUCGUUGGAUAGGAGCAAAUGUUCUAGUCUUCAAUACAGGGCAUUGGUGGAACAAGGAGAAAACUGUUAAGAUGGGCUGCUACUUUCAGAAAGGAGGGAAAUUGAAAAUGACAAUGGAUGUGAUGGAAGCGUUUCGAAGGUCCCUGCAAACAUUGAAGUUUUGGACAACCAAGAAUUUAAACCCAGAUAGGAGCCAUGUUUUUCUCCGCAGCUAUUCACCAGUUCAUUACAGCAAUGGCACAUGGAACGAUGGAGGCCUGUGUGAUGCAGAAAUGGAACCAGAAAAAGACUACUCAAAGCUUAAAGCUGAGCCAUGGAAUAAUCAAUACAUUGCUGAUGUAAUCAAACAAAUGACAUACGGGAACUGGAAGGUCCAGUUGUUAAAUGUUACAUAUCUGACGGAGUUCAGGAAAGAUGGUCACCCGUCAAGGUACCGUGACCCAGGAACUCCAGGUAAUGUUACACAAGACUGCAGCCAUUGGUGCCUACCUGGGAUACCAGACACAUGGAAUGAACUUCUCUAUGCUCACCUGCUGUUAAUGGAAUUUAGAACCAAGUAAUCGCCUAACUGGGAAAAGACCAACAGAAGAAGCAAAAAAUGGAAACAAUCUGUUAUGAGGAGAAUUGUUUCGAUUUUAAAGGCUGUACAGGUUCUCCACUG